AUGUCGACUUCAACCAACUCCGACCUGGCCGAGAGCCAUGAGGAGCAAAGCACAAUUGAAAGAAAGAGAUGGUAUCGGUCAAGCAUGUUUAACGCAUGGGUAAUUGGUAUGGUAGGAUUUAUGGCUCCUGGUCUAUGGAAUGCGAUGAACUCUCUGGGAGCUGGAGGUGCUCAGAAACCUUUCCUGGUCAACGCGGCUAACGCCCUGGGAAAUGUCUGGUUCGUCCUUGUUGGUGCUGUCGCUUGUGGUAUCAGUGCUGGACUAUUUUGGGCUUCAGAGGGAGCUGUUGCUCUGGGAUAUCCUCCUCCGGCCAAGCGUGGACAAUACAUGAACAUCUGGCUGGUGUUCAGAACAGGAGGCCCUAUCCUAGGAGGUGCUAUCCUACUUGGUCUUAAUCACUCUGCCAACCAGAAAUCCAAAGGCAAAGUAGGUUACCAAACCUAUCUUGUUUUCAUCGUUCUGCAAUGCCUUGCUGUGCCUAUCGGACUACUCUUAUCACCACCUGAAAAGGUCCAACGAUCAGAUGGCAGUAAAGUGAAAAUUGUCCAGGAGAAGUCCUUUGCAGCUGAGUUGCGUGCUCUUGUCGCUGCAUCCAAAAGACGUGACAUCCUCCUCUUGCUCCCUGUAUUCUGGGCCGCAUACUUCAACCAAUAUUCCGGAAACUUCCAGACUUACUAUUUCGGCCUUCGUGCAAGAUGCUUAAUCGGCUUCUUGACUAACUUCAGUGGUAUUCUUUCCUCCUUCCUCGUCAGCACUCUCCUCGACUACAAACCCUGGCCCGUCAAGAAAAGACUAAACAUCUGUUUCUUCUACGUCCUGUUUUGGCACCUUCUAGCUUGGUCCUACGGCUGGGCCAUCCAAUCCAAAUACACAGAAACCAAUCCGGUAUGGGAUUGGACCGACCCCGGCUUUAUUGAAGGCUUUUUCGUCCUCGUGAUUUGGGGUUUCGCUCAACAAUCCCUGCAAAACUUUUUAUAUUAUUUCUUAUCCACCAAGACUGAUAAUAUCUCUGAAUUGUCACGCUUUUCGGGUAUUUUGAGGGGCCAGGAGAGUUUUUCGCAGGCGGUAUCUUUUGGUAUCAAUACAAAGGAUUGGAAGGGUGGGAGGGUUCCUCUUGCUGUGAACACCAUCUUGUUGGGGAUUGCUGUGGUGCCUACGUGGAUCGCAUUGCAGGAACAUGUUCCCAUCGAGGGAGCUAAGAAGUUUGAAGAUGUGGAGUGA